UGUGACCGAAACGUGAGUUUCACUGUUCCUCACGCACGGCGCUAUGAUCGAAAUGUCUCACAUAUGUUACAUAUGUUACAACACUCGCGCGUGGUGUGCACUCUCGCAGUUUCUCUCUGCUUCAAUAAGUUUUGUACGUCAUCUGUAGAUCAGAUUGAUUUGCAUUAGAGUUUGUUGUACUAUGUAGUACGUAUCAGAAUUAAUGAUGGUGAGAGAUAUGAUUAUCGGACGUCGGUAGAGUCACGUAACUUGGAUAUCUUUCAUGUGCAACAGCCAGAUGAUACAUAACGCGGUGCGGGGGUGCGGAGUAGAGCGCCGCGUACAGAGAGCGUAGAGAGCAUAUACUUAGCUAUCAGCGCCGCAAGCACGCGCAAAUCGACCGUCGCCGUCGUGCAAUCAUGCGAUGCAGGUGCGAUGCGAGUGCCGGUAAAACAAGAACGAACGUGAAAUACAGUCGCGUAAGAUCCUUGUCCGGAGUAUAACGUGUUUUUCGUGCAUCGUCGUUUUAGGUGCGGACCACGGUCGUACGUAUAGUAGUACCACCGCGAUACCUGCACGACACUCGUUGUUCGUAAUCUUUGAGCGUAUAUAGCCGUACCGCAUGAGACGGUUUCACAGACGCACCAUCACCACAGUCCGGAACGGGAACGAGAACAGAGGACGAUCGCGAACGGAAUUUUUCGUUUGCAUAUGAUACGCGUCGUAAAUUACUCACUGGUCGAUACGUGGCACGGUGUCAACGUGACGAACUGUAAGCAGAUAUUAAAUAUUUUUGUGGCAUAAGAAAGCGACGGGAAAACAUGUCCACGGCAUUGUUGGCCGUGUUUGCCGUGAUCCUGUGUAUCCUAUUCAGGAUAUUGAACGUAAACAGUGCACCACAGAAGCCAUUGAUCGUCUGUCAAGAUGAGUCGUUCCUUACGACGGUUCUUAAAAUCGCACAUGUCAUCGUAGAACCAUACAAACCGACGAGGCUAUGGGGUUUCAGUGGUCACGUACAAACGAUCGUUCACAGUAUCAUCGGCCGAGUCCGUUGCCCUUGGCCGAUCGGAGAACGAGUGUACAUCGCGCUUCCGGAUGAGACCACACUUACCUACGACCUGUAUCAACCGUUGACCAAUGAUUACGAAGAUGAUGUAACGAUCGCUAUCUGCCCUGGGAUCUGCAACAGUUCCGAGAGCGUUUACGUUAGAACUUUCGUGCACUGUGCUCAAUGCCAUGGGUACCGAUGCGCGGUGCUCAAUCAUGUCGGAGUACUUUCCAGCGUGAAAGUGACCGCACCGAGAAUUUUUAGCUAUGGACAUACCGACGAUUAUCACACGAUGCUAUUGAGUUUGAUGGAGAAGCAUCCGAAUACGAAAAUAAUUUGCAUUGGCUUUAGCUUGGGCGGUAACCUUGUGUCCAAGUAUUUGGGUGAACGAGGAUCGAAUAAAUUAGCCAGUAUCAUCGGUGGCAUAUCUAUUUGCCAAGGAUACAACGCCCUUGAAGGUACCAAGUUCCUGCUCAAUUGGCAAAACUUUCGACGUUUCUACCUGUACAUAAUGUCGGAAUCGGUGAAAAGUAUUAUACUGAAGCAUAAAAAUAUAUUGCUGUCCGAGGAAGUUAAACAAAGAUACAAUCUAAACGAACGGGACAUUAUUUCUGCCGCGACUUUACCAGAACUCGAUGAAGCUUACACAAGAAAGGUGCACAACUUCAGAUCCGUCAAGGAAAUGUACAAAUGGAGUAGCUCUUUGUUCUAUCUGGACAACAUCGCGGCACCUAUGGUGUUCAUAAACGCGUUGGACGACCCUCUUGUACCUGACAAGUUGUUAGAACCCAUCAGGAUGCAUGCCGAAACUCACGCGAACACGUUAUACAUAGAACUGGCUCACGGAGGACACUUAGGAUUUUACGAGGGUGGUCUUCUCUAUCCAAACCCCAUAACAUGGCUAGAUCGUACGCUUGUGUCGCUCGUAGGCUCUCUCACGUUAGCACACGCAGACAAGUCGUUGAAAGCUGCCUCUUAACCCUCUUAAUUUUAGUUUCAUUCCCGAUCUACUCGACCCUACCUUGUAAGUAAACGAACCGUUAUUUUUGCCGUUAAGCGGCAUACAGCUCAUACUUUUGAUCUUGUUUCAAGAUCUCAUUCGUCUGGUGAUUCUCGAGUCGAGAGACCUAUGCGUUAUAUUGUGCAACGACAUACGUUAUACGCGAAUACCCGAGGGGUGCACGCGGAUCUCGUGAUUACACAGGAUCCCGUUCAGCGCGCGAUCGAGAGCAGCGAGUCACUGUCGCGCGUAGGUUAUCUAUAUUUAAUUUGUGACGGUUGACUCGAGAUAAAAAUUGCACGCAACUUGGACAACGUCGAUUCAAAGAAAUCGUUUAUUAACUGAAAUAAAUUUCCGAAGCGAUGGGCUUAGCAACGAUUCGCGUUUUCAUAUCCGAUGUCUCGGUCAUUAACGCUUUUACACUCAGGGAUCUUUGAUAGGGCGACUUGACAAAGGGACGUUAUCAGAACGUGACGUACAAUUUACAGAAACGAUUGAUGACCGUAUAUACAAUAGAAUCGCUCGCGUUAGGAGUACGGAGCGUAGCGUAGGAAUUCGCGUUUGCGGCUUGAUUGAAAAUUGUUGAAGAUUACGAGAAAUGAAAGAGAGAGAGAGAGAGAGAGAGAGAGAGAGAGAGAGAGAGAGAGAGAGAGACGGUGGAACGGUUUCGAUUUCAUAGUUCGUUCCCAGAGCGUAGCAAAUUUGAUCGAAAACGCCAUACGCGCAAGUUUCUAAAAGUACGCCAGUAACCAGCAAAAAUGUAACUUCUUAACAAUGAAUAUGUUUUGCAUGUAUUAUAAAAACGAAACUGCGCGUGGCGAUUCGGAGAUAAGGCAAUGAAAUAAAUUUAUUGGAUCACGCGUGAGAAUAACGAAGGUUGGAAAUCACCUCGGUCCUACUACAGUACUGUAUAGGCUGUAGACGAUCCUCUUCUAUGGUUCUACUCGAUCUAGUAUAUCUGACUGAUCCAUCGUUCGGCUGUUGUGUUUGCACACGUUACGCGCUCAACGCGAUACGAAACAGACAUGCAUUUCUGAUUCCGUAUAUUUAUUUAGUAAAAAGUAUUACAGUUUUAUUGAUGCAUUAUUUAAACGAUGUGUUCAGAACGGCAUCUUAUUUUUUCUCAUCCUUCGAUAAUAAUUAUUUGUUAGUCAGUUAGUAGAUAGUCAAGUAUUUCGCGCAACAGUACAACACAACGUACGUAAUCGCGUUUAAAACUGAAAGACUAGGAAAACGAAUGUUUUUGUUUCAUUGAUAAAAGUGACUUGCGUGGUACUAAGUUAUGUAAUAUAGUGAUACGAUAUACAAUCGUUCGACUUAUAUUAUUUAUACGAAAUAUAAAUAAUGCUUGUAUCUUUGGA